UUCGUGAAGAUAUGGACGAGCAGAUCAAAAUAAAACACAAUAUACAUAGAUGGACAGCGAUCGAAACAGAUUUUAUACUCUUAUACAAAAUGCCUGUCACACCGGAAGAUUUCGUUGUGUAUUUAUCCUUACUAUCUGAAGAAAUGAAUUUACGUGUUGUUGUACCGCAAAACAUAAAGGGCGGGUUAAUUACAGGAACAUCGGCUACCAUUGGUGGUUUAUGUGGUGGACCUGUGGGACUUUUAUUUGGUGGCGCUUUUGGUGGAACCGUGGCGGCUGUUAGCUGCAAAGAUAAAUGCGAAGAGGUAAAGGAUUUAAUGGUAAAGUUAGAUCGACAGAAACGUUUGCAAAUAUAUAACGCAUUUGAAAGUUUACUUGAAGAAGAAUUCCGUGCCAGAAACUUUACAGAGUUUAAUGCAAGAAUUGAAAGAAACUUGGAUUUGAAACAUGAUAUUCUCAAAGAGUUGAAAUCGUUUAUACUCAAAACCUGGAGGCUUCAGUUAUACGAUCCGCGAGUAAAAAGCGAUAAUCGUUAGAAUGAUAUUUUACGCGAUUCUUAGUGGCAAAAAAAUAGGAGAAAUGACGAGGGUUAAUGAAGAGCUUUAAAAAGAAACAUACAAAAAAAUAUACGAAGAAGUAUAUCUUAAACCUUUUUAAUGACAUUUGCGAUUGAGCAGAUAUUUAGUUGACUAUUUAUUUCCUAAAGAUUUUAUUUCUCGUUUUAACUAUUAAUUUUUUCACCUUUUCCUUUCAAUCGUUCUGUUUGAGGUUAAGCUCGUUUUCAGUAUGCGUAGCCUCGUUCAGGUAAACAAAACAAUUCUCAAAUUUGAAAUAACUAAGCCUCACUUGUUCAUACUGUUUUGGAGAUAUAAAAUUUACGUGACCAUGGAAACGAAGUAAGAGUUCAAAGUUCAAUUCUUCGUAUGAAAGCACGUGUAUAUAUUGCAUAAAAAUUCGUAACCUAGCAACUUGAAAAAUUGACUUCACAUAAUAACGCUUAAUCUUGACACAGAAUAAAAAAAUUUGAAGCCUGCUUUACAUGAAAGCAUUCGUGGCUGUAGUUUCUGACGUCAGAGUUUAAUGUGCUCAAUUUCCUUUACAUUAAAGAUGGUAGUUUUCAGAAUUUUUAUUGGUGGAACUUGUUUGUUUUGCGAACGCUUCGAAGUUGUAAGGGUAACGGGGAGUUACCAAAAUGUUAGUAUCUUCAGCGAAGAACGCCUCAAUGAAAAUUUAUCGUUUAUCGUAUAUUUUGUUGUCGUACACUGAAGGAUAUUUUUUUCCGAGAUCAGCCUGAAUUAUAUUGUAUUAUUCUUGUGUCAUAUUUGACGUACUUUUCAUAUUUAUAAACACGAAAGAAAUUUUAAUCUUGCAGCUAGAAAUACGAUAAAAUAAAUAAAGUAAAUAUACACUAGAA